UUCAAACGCAGCCUGUCAUCACUCCUGUUACUGCGCCUGCGCGCUGAUCGCCUGCUGUGAAGAAGAUGCCGGGGUUGCUGCUCGGAGAUGUCUUCCCCAACUUCCACGCAGAAACCACUGAUGGCUCCAUUCAAUUCCAUGACUUCUUGGGUGAUUCUUGGUGUGUCCUGUUCUCCCACCCGGGGGACUUCACCCCCGUGUGCACCACCGAGCUGGGCCGCGCUGCACGCCUCUGCGCCGAGUUCACCAAGCGCGGCGUCAAGAUGGUGGCCCUGUCCGUGGACAGCCUGGAGGACCACCACGACUGGUCCAAGGACAUCCUGGCGUACUGCAGCAUGGAGUCAGAGAGGUCCUCGCUGCCCUACCCCGUCAUCGCCGACCAGAAGAGAGAGCUGGCCCUGGCCCUGGGCAUGAUGGACCCCGACGAGAAGGACAAGGACGGCCUGCCCCUCACCGCACGCUGUGUGAGGACCUCUGGGCUGUAUCCUGUUACUCUCCAGCCCUGUUCACAACUUCCCUCUGCAGUGUUCAUCAUCGGUCCUGACAAGAGGCUGAAGCUGUCUCUGCUCUACCCCGCCUCCACCGGACGCAACUUCGACGAGAUCCUGCGGGUCGUGGACUCACUCCAGCUCACCGCCACCAAACGGGUGGCCACGCCCGCAGACUGGCAGCCGGGGGACAGUGUGAUGGUCCCUCCCAGCAUGUCGGAGGCCGAGGCCAGUGUUCUGUUCCCCGCCGGGGUGUUCACCAAGGAGGUGCCCUCCAAGAGGAAGUACCUCCGCUACACCCCCCAGCCCUGAGGACCCCCAGGCUCCCCUACGCCCAGGAGGAGGAGGACCCCCAGCCCCCCUACACCCAGCAGGAGGCCCUGGACACCGGCACCAAAACCGGGGCCUUCCAACCAACCCAUCACCCUGAAUAAUGUAGAAGAGUCGUUUUGUGAUUUAGGUGCAAUGGAGAGCACCCUUCAAAACAAAAGGACAAUCAGAGUGCUUUACAUUGGCAGAAUCCACUCUGAGUAGGGGACCUUUUGUAGUUCAUAACACUAAUUAUGGGUCUGUUCCUACCAGGGCACGGGGUAGGGGACGUUACCUUACUACUUUAGUCUACUACCCAUGCCCUGGUGAGUUGAUUGAAACCUGCGUCAGUCCAUUACCAAGAGAUACCAAAUUCCUACCUCAUAUGAAGGAGGCCCUGCAUGGGUUUAUUGGAAUACACCAGUUAUUGCACUAUAGCUGGUAGUUCAUAGGCCUACCAUCCUAAUAAUUAAGGACGCAUCUCAGUCAUGGGUUAUGACCAGCACAGAAGACCAAACUAGUUCUACCUUUGAGGAAUGUGGAUGCAUUUAAAUGUUCUUUUUCCACCCAUGUUUGAGCACACCAGUGGAGUUAAGGUGAGGAGGUAAGGUGAUAAAGGAAUAAUGAAGGUUAAAACACUUUGUAAUUUCUAUGAAUUUUCUAACAUUGAUCCGCUAUUCAAUUCCAGGGUUUAUUUUUCUGUUAUCUUGUUCGAUGUCAUUUGUAAUCUGUCGCUGGCUGUUGUCAGGCUCCAUUGUAUCCUUUCCUACUUUACCCAGGAAAAAGUUUGCUACCCUCUCAACUUUAGGAGGAAUCAUUCUAUCAACUGUGUAAUAACAAUAUGUUGAACAGGCUUUAUUAUUAACUGUGAAAACAAGCUUCACAUUUGGCCCUUUGCUAUGAUACGAUUUGCCAAACGGGCAAAUGAACACUGAUUGUCCCUUCAUCGACAUCUUCUUGUUCUUUCAUUGGUUUCUUCUUGUGCUUCCAGAAUCCUCUUUUGUUGAUACAGGGCAUAAUCAACCUGUGCAAUACUCACAAUUGUAAAGCUGUGAUAUUCACAAAGUAUUAAAGUCUGGGGGUAAUUCUAA